AUGGCACCGAGAACUGAUUUCCCUCCCGUCAGAGCUUGUCUCUUCGACAUGGACGGCCUCCUCCUAGACACAGAAGAUCUUUACACUCUCUGCGUCAACCUCGUUCUGGACAAAUAUGGACGGCCACCAAUGCCUUGGUCCAUCAAGGCAAAACUCCAAGGCCGCCCUGGCCCAGAAGCAAACAAGAUAUUCUCCGACUGGGCGCAGUUGCCCAUCACUAAAGAGGAAUACGCCGCUCAGCUGUCUGUGUUUCAGCGUCAAAUGUUUCCAACUGCCAAGCCGCUUCCAGGCGUAGUCGACCUACUCACUCAGCUCUCCCACCAGGACACCAAGAACGUCCACAUUGCGCUCGCGACAAGUUCUCAUGCCGGCAACUACGCCCUCAAGACUACCCACCUGAAGGACCUGAUGUCUGUCUUCCCGAAUAACCGUCGCGUGCUCGGUGAUGACACCAGGCUUCAGCCCGGCCGAGGAAAGCCACUGCCGGACAUUUUCUUACUCGCCUUAAAGACUAUCAACGACUCUCUCCCCGCUGGCGAGAAGCCCAUUACACCAGAAGAAUGCCUUGUGUUUGAAGACUCUGUUCCGGGCGUUGAAUCCGGCCGCAGAGCUGGCAUGAGAGUCAUUUGGGUUCCACACAAGAAGCUCAAAGAAGAGGUUGCUGGUAGAGAGGCAGAAAUCCUGGCUGGCCGUGCUGGCGAGGCUGGCGAGGUGGAUAUGCACCAAGUCGGUCAGAUUGGGGACGGAUGGGCGGAGGAAUUGUCUACUCUUGAGGCAUUCCCAUUUGAGAAGUAUGGUAUUGUUGUACCUCCUCCUGGAAAGACGGCGUAA